GUCGACUCCUGAAUGAAUAAAAAGGCGAGAAUGUCGCUGUGCUACGCCUGGGCCGCGUGUGGGCUGAGUGCAAGCCAGCCUUAUGUGACGUACCAAAGGGCACCGCCUACUCCGCCUGAGCAACGCACGGAGCACAGGGUGCCACCCCUUCCCCACCUCCAAAAUGUGGUUCGCUACAAAACCGCAUUCGCUCCCACAUCCAGAGACCUGAAAGCCCUGUCCUCGUAGCCAUCGUACGUACUUGUUGCUCUGCUUCAGAUCGUACUCACCCAAAGGCUCUCCGAGAAUGCAGUGCUGACAAGCGAGCGAAACAAGCGAUCCUCAAGAGUGCGUCGCUCUCUCUCUCUCUCUCUGGCGGCCGUCUCAAUCCCACACCCCUUGCCUCUCGGUGUUGAUCGACUAUUCCGACUUGCUUUUGUGACGUAGCAAAGGAAGAGUUGCCCGGCUUCCAGUCUCGCGUAACGAAGGAUGAACGAGGAGAUUCAA